AUGGCGCUCUACCAGCGCAAGGAGGUGGCCCAGUACACGGACGCGGAGGACUUGUUCGACGCGCUCGCGUGCACUGUCGAGGGCCAACAUUCCGUUCGCCUGGUCCGCAUGUCGUGGCUGCUGCAGCAGCGUGGCUCGGUCCUGAGGAGACGCCAGGAGCUGCCCGAGGAGGAGGCGGGCGGACGAGGAGGAUGCGGCAAGGUUGCGCCGAUGAUCGCCAUGUCAUUCUGCUGGGAUGCGCGCGAGCACCCCGACCCCGAGGGGUUGCAGAUGAAUUUGGUGAUAGCCACUUUGGAGCAAGAGCGCGGCACAUACUCCCAAACCGAUGGCGAAUUCGCGGGGUUCAGCGAGAUGGGCGUCUGCUGGGACUGUCCCUCGCUGCUGCACGGCGACCCCGACAAGGCCCACGAAGCGCAUGCCCAGGAGGCCGCGGACGAUGCCAAGCGCACGCCCGCCGAGAAAGCUGCGUUCAAGCACGUCUUGCACGAGACGAUCGACCUCUGGUACGCCCACCAGGCCAGAACUGUCUUCCUGCUGACGCAGCAUCUCCGGGAGUGGGGUAGCACGCGCGAGUGCGGCUACGACCAGUCGGGGUGGACGACGUGCUGGCCAGUGGGCCCUGCGAGGCUCGAAUUCGAAGGGAUGCCGCCCCCGACCCCCGAGCAGGUCGCGGGGCUUGGCGGCUGCCUGCGGCUGUGCGCCCGCCUGGAGAAGCUGGACCUGCGCAGAUGCAAUGUCGGCCCCGCGGGCUGGGAGUCCCUGGCACGGACGCUGCCCUCCGCGCCCCGCCUGGAGGAGCUGUACCUGCAGGACAAGGGCAUCGGCGGCGACGGGGCGGAGGCCCUGGCACAGGCGUUGCCCUCCACGCUCGGCCUGGAGUAUCUGGACCUCUCGGGCAAUGGCAUCGGCGGCGACGGGGCGGAGGCGGCGCUGCGGGCCGCCUGGGGCCGCCGGAACCUUGAUUACUUGGCCCGCGGCGUGGGCAGGGAGCUCGGCAUUCCCGCCGGCGACGUCGUCGUCGCCUCGGUCUUCUACGACCUCUUCGCCGCCGCCGACAGCCCGCUCAGGGAGAAGGCGUGCACGGGCGUCAUCGCCCAGACGACCUCGGGUGACAUCCUUCAUGGUCGGAAUCUGGAUUAUGAUUUUGCGGAGAAGCUGGCGAAAACCACCCUCGUCGUCGACUUCAUGCGCAACGGAUCGCAGCAUUUUACCGCUGUGACAUUCGGCCCGAUCCCGAAUUUCAACACCGCUGUCAGGUAUGGGUCUUUCUCCCUCACUCACGAUGAGCGCGACCAAGGAAGCAUCGCCGAGAACCUGUUUGACAUGAUUGUCAGGGGCCGUGUGGCUACGUUCUCCCAGAUACGGGAGGCUAUGGAUACAGUGUCUUCUUUUGAUGAUGCCGUGACGUUUUUUAGCACGGCGAAGUUGUCGUCAGCCUCGUAUUUUAUUCUUGGCGGCGUCAGGGCGGGCGAAGGUGCAGUCAUUACGCGAAACCGUGAUAGUGUCGCCGAUGCUUGGAAACUGAAUGUUCGUGCUGGGCGUUGGUACUUAGUUGAGACCAACUAUGAUCAUGAUAAGCAGCCGGGCACUGGUGAUGACCGGAGACACCCUCUGAUCCGCGCAAUGGACGCAACCGGCCAGGAUAACAUCACUGCGGCCACCCUGUGGGAGGUUAUCUCCACCAGGCGCGUGAAUACCUCGGCAGGAGAGAGGCCACCUCUUAACCCAGGCACGGUCUAUAGCACCGUGAUGGGGGCACGCCAUCCAGAGAGUUUCAAGACUGUGGUUCGCACUUCUUUCAGUGCAGAUUCCGCAGCUUUCUUUGUGUGACCUCGGACGCACAGCGAUUCUUGGCUGAGCGGGCAGGGAGGGAGAGCGUUCCGAUCCGUCUGCUGGCCACAUGGCGGAAAAUACCGCCCAGACGCGAUGAUCACCGCGCCCCUUCCCUUCAGGCCGCCGGGCUUGGGCAGCAAGAGAUGGAGCCACUGGAUCUAGCCGCAUCGCCAGUGCAUCGGCUAUGUGGCGCGAUUCAGAGCCUGGUUCUCUCCACUCCGACGUUGGCAUCGGCGAUGCGGCGCGAUCCCCCGACCCUGCCUACUCUGGUCCCAUUUGGGCGGCCUCCGAUGUCUCUUCCCCGCCUUGUUGCCCCCUGGCCCCUCCCCCGCCCGAGUCCCGCCCUCCCUGCCCCCUCCUCUUCUCCAGCUGGGCGCGCCGCCCCGAGCCGCGCGAGUCCCCUGGCUCCCAAUUGCUGUUCAUGCGGGUGUCUUUGAAAACGCUGCCAUGCGUUACAUUUCUAUAUUCUUUUCCGGGUUCGUGGGUCGAUCAUGUGCGCGCGCUGAGGGCCUCCGCGGGCAGGCCCCGCGUGGAGAGGCUCCUCCUCGUGACGGCGCGCUCGGUUGGGCGGCUGUCGGCGUGUUGGGCCGCGGUGCGAGUGCUGGCGGGAUAGCUCGGCGCACCCUCGGGCCGACCGUGAUCCCUCCCAAAAAGAUCGAAGAGGUGGGGAUUCGGAGGUUGAUGGGAGCCCCGACCUGCCAAAUGAACGAGUGAAGUGCCCCUUUUCAAUUCCCCAGAGGGAGCAGUGAAGCGCUAACGAAAGAGCUCGAGCCUAUGCAGUGAGGCACGAGGAGGAGGGGAGGCGGCAACGGUGUCAGAUGACGAUGACGAUAUUCUGGCACAUGAUGCGCCACACUGCGUCAUGGCUUCCUUUCCCCACGCGAAGCGGGCCUCCGCCACCCCCUCCAGCAAGUCGUCGUGGAACCCCAAGACCUCGUACCAGGGCAGUCCCGCGUUGCAGUGCCCCUGGCCUCUGAUGAGGCAACACUUUGCCGCCAGCAGGACGAGGCUGCGAGUGCUGGCGCCGGCAUCGACCUCCUGAUGCCACUGUCGGAACCAGGUGGCUGCGCCGGCGCCUUCGGUGCCUUGCGCGGCGGUGUUGUCGCUUGCUGAGCGAGCGGGCGCCUGCCGCGUAUGUUUGCGGAUCGUCUGGGGCAGGCCGCGGCCGUGUCUCGCGCCUAGGCCCCCCCCCCCAGAGGCUCCGACCUGGGGGGGGCUAUCGCAGAGAAACAUGCUCUGUCCCAGGGUGGGCCGCCUAAAACUGUGUUGGUAUGUCUGGACGCUGACGUGAAUCAGUGUCGGGACUUCACGCGAGGGCCAGUAUCUUUUUGUACAGUCUGCAAUGCAAAGCGGAAGAACUGCGCCGAGGAUCGAUGGCCUCGAGGAUGCAAUUCUUGCGUACUUUAUGAGGUUGUGUGGCUUCGGGGUCGCGAGCAUGGCAUAAUUUACGCGGGUAAUGACAUUCGAUCGUUUAACUGCAUGCUGAGUGGUCUGUUCGUUGUAAUGGCGCAUGCCGCCACAGUGCGGCUCAAGGCUCUCUCCUUCUCCCGCCUCCGAAUCUUUUGACCUUGGCUGCUGCACAGUCCUGCUUCGUGGCGACCGCUCUGUCUUGCGAGAUGAGCGCCGUAGCCCCCCAGGCUGCAAAUGAUUUCCAUGGCAUGAGGAAGACACA